AUGGCUUCCAAAAUAAUCAAAACAACAGCUCGUCAAGUGUCUCCAGUUUUUUCACUAAACAGUUCUGAGGCGAGAAGACGUGUGCUGAACUUGUACAGGGCCUGGUACAGGCAGAUCCCGGUGUUAGUUUUGAAGUAUGAUGUUCCAUUAACCGUCAAAGACUUCAGAAAGAAGUUGCAUGAAAGGUUUACAGAGAACAGGAGCAUUACUGACAUUCGAGUAAUUGACAUGCUGGUUGUCAAGGGGCAAAUGGAUCUUGUAGAAGCUGUGAAUAUCUGGAAAACAAAGGGCCACAUCAUGGCUUACUUUGAUAAGACUCCAAAAGAUACACCAUCUGAUUUUCUUUCAAAGUUUUACAAUGGCCAGGAUUGA